AUGCACAUCUGGGUCAACAUCCUCGGCAUCCUCACCGUCAUUUGGAUCAUCCUCUUCAUUGGCCUCAGUGUCUUCCAAUGCAUUCCUCUUCAACGCGCGUGGAACCCGAUGAUACCGGGCAAGUGCCUCAACAUCAAGGCGCUCUUCAUCGGCAACGCGGUUCCCAACAUUCUGACCGAUGCCGUCAUGGUUGUCCUACCAAUCCCGCCAGUGUUGAAGCUUCGGCUGCCUCUCUCGCAGCGCAUCGCCGUCAUCGGCAUCUUCAUGCUGGGCAGUUUCGUGUGCAUUGCAAGCAUCUACCGCCUGACCACCGUCCCGCAACUGGACCCCACGAAUCUUGCGUUCACACUCAGAGGCGCCGCAAUUUUCGGCCACAUGGAGACGGCUGUGGCGAUCAUGUCCGCAUGCCUCCCUACACUGCGACCACUGUUCUCGAAAUUCAUCGACGCCGUCGGCCUAAGCAACAACGGCAACUCGUACGCCGAUAAGACCGGCUCCAAAAGCGGCGGCCGCAGUCGGAGCUCAACUCUCUCAUCAUAUGCCUCCAGGAAGCCGAAGAACGAGGGCUUCGUCGUCAUCGUCGACGACGACGGCCCCAGACUGAGCAUGAAACCUUUGCCCCAGGCGCCGCCACCUGCCGCCAGGAGUUCGAAUUCGAGGGGCAGGAACACCACCACCACCACCGCCGAGGACGUCCCAAUGGACGUCAUCCACGUGAGACAAGAUGUCGACAUUGAGGCCGGUAGGGAAGACAGUAGUAGUAGUAUGCCCACCAGUCAGUGGAGUGACCGGGCAAGAGGGGAUUGGAAUCGCUCGGGGCCACCAGAGCACGUAGCCGGACAGGUUCGGCGUUAA